AUGGCGACUAGCGACGAGGAAAAGGGCUCCAAAAUUGAGGUCCCCGGCUCUCCAGAGGUUGGCGACCUCGCUGGCGAUAAUGCCGAUGGUCUGCACCGUAGUCUCAAUAACCGCCAAAUCCAGCUCGUGGCCAUUGGCGGUUCCAUUGGUACUGCGCUCUUCGUCAGUAUCGGUUCCGGUCUGGCAAAAGGCGGCCCUGGCAGCUUGCUCAUUGCCUUCAUUCUCUAUCCUCUAGUUCUUGCUUGUGUUAACAAUUCAGUGGCUGAAAUGACUGUUCUCAUGCCCGUUUCUGGUGGUUUUAUCCGUCUGGCCGGCCACUGGGUUGAUGAUGCCCUUGGAUUCAUGACUGGUUGGAACUUCUUCAUCUACGAAGCUCUCUUGAUUCCCUUUGAAAUUACCGCCUUGAACCUCGUCUUGUCAUUUUGGAACGAAGAAGUCACAAAACCGGGACCUACUGCUGGCAUCUGCAUUGCCGUUAUUAUUUGCUAUGCUACACUGAAUAUUCUUGCCGUUCGGGCCUACGGCGAGGCCGAGUUUUGGCUUUCGGGAGGCAAGGUCAUUCUCCUCUUUAUGCUCUUCAUGUUUACAUUCGUGACGAUGCUUGGCGGUAACCCGUCCCACGACCGCUACGGCUUCCGACACUGGAAUAAUCCUGGCGCCUUCGCCGAGUAUCACACCAAAGGCGCCGUGGGCCGCUUCGAGGGCUUUCUCGGCGCCCUCUGGAGCGCUGGCUUUGCUGUUGUUGGUCCGGAAUACGUCUCAAUGGUUGCCGCCGAGGCCAAGCGCCCUCGAAUCUACAUCAAAACCGCAUUUAAGACGAUAUACUGGCGUUUUGGCCUCUUCUUCCUCGGAAGUGCCUUGUGUGUUGGCAUUGUGGUGCCCUGGAAUGAUCCAACGCUCCAAGCCGUUAUGAAAGGCGAGGCAGAUGGCUCCAGUGCCGCUGCCUCGCCAUAUGUUAUUGCUAUGAAGAAUAUGGGAAUUGACGUUCUGCCCCACAUUGUGAACGCCCUCAUGUUCACGUCUAUCUUCUCAGCCGGAAACACUUACACUUAUUGCGCGACUCGAUCUCUUUACGGCCUGGCUCUGGAAGGUCGUGCGCCGGCCUUCCUACGAAAGUGCUGGAGCAACGGUGUCCCAAUCUACUGCUUCUGCGUGGUCAUGUGCUUCCCUUUUCUCUCCUUCCUUCAGGUCGGCAACGGUUCAAGGAAGGUUGUCGGAUGGCUCGUCGAUCUCAUCACUGCUGGUGGUAUCAUCGAUUACUUGACCAUGUCAGUGACUUUCAUUUUCUACUACCGCGCUUGCAAGGCUCAGGGAAUUGAUCGCAAGACAAUGCCAUACUACGGGAGGUUUCAGCCAUACUGUGCCUAUAUUGCUCUAUUUUUUCAAAGUUUGGUGGUCAUCUUCUACGGAUACACGGCCUUCACUCCGUGGAGUGUUGAGAGCUUCUUCAGAAACUACACCAUGCAAAUUCUGGCUCCCAUUCUCUUCUUUGGUUGGAAGUUCUACAAGCGAACCAGCUUCGUCAAGCCGCAUGAGGCUGACUUGGUGUGGGAGCGGCCGACUAUUGACCGCUACGAGGCCAGUUUUCUGCACGAGCCUGUUGGCUUCUGGAGCGAAAUGGGUCGUCUAGUUGGCAUCAACAGAAAGAACAAAGCACACCAAAGGGAUGAAUAG